AUGAUUGAAGCCCAGGCGAAGGAAAAACUGGAGGAAUUCAUGGCUACAAUCCCAGCUAAACCAGCGCCCUUAACUCGACAGAGAGUGAAGUGGAAACCACCUGAUGCCGGAUGCUUCAAAAUAAACUUCGACGACGCAAUUUUCAAGCAGGAAAAUAUGAGCGGGAUUAGGGUGGUUAUUCGUGAUCACACAGGGGCUGUUAUGGCCUCUCUUGCUCAAGCGGUUGCACCUGCUCUGCAGCCUAUUGAGAUUGAAGCAGUAGCUGCUGCUUGGGCACUGGAGUUUGGUGAGGAAAUAGGUAUAACAGAGGCUGUCCUUGAAGGUGACUCAGAGCAGCUUAUAAACUCAUUCAAAGGUGGACACUCAAUUGCUUCAGUGGAGCCUUUGAUUCAUGAUGCCACGGUUUUCUCUAGUCAUUAUGCAAAAUUGCUAUACUCUCAUUGUAGAAGAGAUGGCAAUAGAUUAGCACAUAGUCUAGCAAGAUAUUCUAUAAAUGUCUCAAGCUAUGUAGUUUGGAUGGAGGGAGUUCCCGAACCAUUAUUCAAUAUUGUUCAACAAGAUGUAGCCAAUUUGGAAAGAUAG